AUGAGUUUUUUGUGGAGUAAAUCAAAGGAUUCCCAGAAGAGUAAAAGUAAAGUAUCAUUAGCAAAUGACAGCGUUCAAAACUUGAAAAAGGUUUCUGUUAAUGGUAAUGGAUCUACAACAAAAUUGAAUACCAACCCAUAUGCACUAGAUGAGUUUCCUAGAAUCUUGGAGCAAAAAUUCGGUGAAAGUCUUGGGUUUCGGAACCGCAUACUUACAGAGUUGGCAAUGCUGGAGAGACCUGGGCUGGGGCUACCUGAUAUGAUUCAUAUGACUUUACACGACAGCUAUCAUGAUGAAGAGAUUGGAGAAUAUUUUUAUAUAACUGGUAUAGAUGUUUCGAGCCCGUCAAUGCCGGUUGCAUUCCUGAAGAUGCUAAAAUUGAAUCAGCUAAAUUCUCGCCAAAAUCAUAUCGCUACAUAUUGUUGCAAUAAUACAUUUAGUAAGAUAGAUAUUCGAAUCAGGUAUGAAACUGACGGAUCCGUGCAAGUUAGAGCGUACGAUUGUCUAGAACAGAGAACCUUAGAAAGCAUUGAUGAAACUGUAUGGGAGGAGACUUUCAUUUGUUGUAGUAUGAGAAGUUUAUUAAUGAACAAGGAUCCAGAAAGAAAACUUCCAGGAUUAGUAGAAUACCCACUUGCCAUCGAAAAUACUAGUUUAUCUGGUGCUAAGAGAGUCAUAAGACAAUUUUGCAAAUUUUUGCCCAGAUGCUUGGAAUCUGGAUGGGAUACAACUCAACAUAUAUUACCAACUGUUUUCCAAAAUUACCUAAUGAGAUCAUUGCUAGUUUUUCUUUCAAUCUCCCCCAAUUUAGUUGAUUAUGCAUUAUUAAUACUGAAGGAACUAUGCCAAUCCGACAAAGAAAAUGAUUUAUUUUACAAGAUAGCUCACAUCGCUAUAUUGGAACAAUAUGAUGAACGUGAUGCAGAAUUGAUUAAAACAUUACAUGAAACUCUAAACCCUUUGAUGGCUGUCAUAAAGAGUAUGGAACAAGAUGACCCAAGAGCACCACAGAUAUUGAAUUGCAUUUCAGGUCUAUUAAAUUUACAGGCGAAAUUUUUAAUUAAGAGAGGUGACUAUGAUCUAGCACUUUCAGUGGCAAAAACAUCCACAGAUCUCUCCCUAGAUUCACCUGCAUCAUGGUAUUAUUUAGCUAAAUGUUAUAUCCAUAAAAAUGAAUACGGUAAAGCGUUGCUUGCCAUCAACUCGAUGCCAAAUUUACCAAUUGUGGAUAGAGAUAAGAAAAUGAUAUAUGGGAAUGCGGCGUUAUAUAGUUAUUACUCAAGACCGUUAGGUGAUAAGAUGCGUGAUAGUGUUGGAGUAGAUUCUAAUGAAUUCAAUAAUUUAGCAAGUACGAUGAAAAACUGGAAGGACAAUGAAUUAAGAAAUGUAAUAUUUGGUAGAAUUGUAAUGCCAAAUAAAUCACACGAUGGAUAUAUUGAUUUUAUUUGGGAGAAAGCCUGUGUUGAAAUAGGUCCAGUAUAUGGUCCACAAUCAUGUAAUUUAAUAAAUUUUGUUUCUCCACAGGAAGUUCAUUCUAUCGGAGAUCCAAGCUUACUUGCAAGGAACACAGUAGCCAAACAAUAUAGCUGGUUUCAACGAAAAGCUGUACAACUAUUAAUGGAACUAAUAUCCAGAAUUGGCUGGAAUGGUCUUUUAAAACUAAGAGGAGAUUCAUUCGUCAUGGAGUCUGAAUUUAUGGAACAUGGUGGAUCUCCAAAUUUGACAAACAAGGACAUACCGAUGGAAGUUCGCCAAAAACGUAUAACAGAGAGAUGGUUAGAUCAAUUGUUUCUAGAUAUUUACGACGAUUUGAAAUUGAGUCGAGGACUUUUAGACAACAAUGAAGCUAGGUAUAGUGGCCUGGAAUGGGAAUUACUAGGUCUUACAAUGCUCAGAGCAUGGCAAUGGGACGACGCUAUUGCAUGUUUACGAACUAGUAUGAUUACUCGAUUCGAUUAUGUCAGUUGUAAAACUCUUCUAGAUAUAUUUAUCGACUACAACCCAGAUGGUGACGAAAUAUUAGAUUUUGAUUUUGUCCUUGAACUUGUUGUCCAAAAGAUAUCCUACGAAAAACGUUUCUAUGAUAGUUUCCAAAUACUCAAUUUACAAGUUCUGUUUAAAUUAUGUGCUGUUCUUACUGUCGAGGGGGUGAAAUCUCGAAUCACCGCCUUACCCUAUGCUAAUCGCUCUUUCAUUACAACAGUAGAUCGUAUGCUGGGGUGGGUUGAUGUUAUGACUAAAGAGUGA